AUGCGCGCAGUGCGACACGCAAAACGUGCACGCGACGUCACCCGGAGGUUUCGGACCACGGGGUCUUCCUCUGCCCAGGCCCCGGCGGGCGUCAUCGCGGCGCUCGAGGCAAAUGCCGUGUCGGUCGGCCUUGCCGGUGGCCUCUUCCUCGUAGCAGGCGGAGCUGCUGUGCGUGCCUUUCACGAGGGCGAAUCGGAGGCGAGGCGAGCAUCUCCCGCUCGAGAGAGCGCCUACCUCGUGCAGGAUCUCGAGAGCGAUCUGGCCGUUGCGACACCAUCUCGCAGCCCAGCCGAGCUGCCCUCCCUCUUCCUCCCGCGCGGCGGCCUGCCCGCUGCGGUUCUGCAGCGAUCUAGGGCUCCCCUCUCGCCAUCGAGCACGGUGCUGAGCUCGCUAGGACUGCGCGGUGCCCAUCUCGAGCGGCUGAGGCGCGACGGAAUCGUAGUCCUCGAUGGCGCGCUCGGGGCAGACGAGCUGCAGGGCAUCGCACAGGAGCUCAAGGCGGAGCGCGUCCAGGACCGGCUGUCGCGGAACCCCAACCAUAUCGCGAGCGGCGGAAACUCUGACCCGGUGCGCACGGACCGCACGCUCUUCCUCGACAGUGCGGUGCGGAGGGAGUUCAAGUCCGUAUUGCCCUGCCUCACGCACGGCGAGCGGCUGCUCCGCUCAGUCGGGCACUUCUUGGAGAGAGAAGGGUUCGGCGGAUUCCUUGCUCAUGCCGAUGAGAGUAUUCCACUCCGUGUACCGGACGAGACGCAACUUGCCAUCUACGGCCCGGGAGGUGCCUUCUACAAGCCACAUCGAGACGGCGGGGGUGCAGAGGCAGCAGCCGGUCCACUCAGCCACCUCCGCUUGAGGGGACUCGGUCGGCGGUUGGUGACGGGCAUCCUCUACCUCAACGACAACGGACCUAAUGGCGCGCGGCCUUGGCGGGAGGAGGACGGCGGUUGCCUCAGGGUGUAUGCGGGAGGCGAUUCGACGUCCGAGUGCCAUCAUGUGGACAUUCCGCCGAUCGGAGGGCGGAUGGUGCUGUUUGAUGCGCAGGCGAUGUUGCACGAGGUCAGGCCCAAUCACCACGAACGCGCCGCGAUUACGGUCUGGUUUCUCGUUGGAUCGGAAGCAUGA